AUGGGGCCUGCGCUGCUGCUGUGGGCCUGGCUGACGCUGCGCGUGGUGAGCGGAGAGAGCCCGGCGCCCGAACCCAUCGCCGGCGGCCGGCCCUUCGCCGUGGUGUGGAAUGUGCCCACGGGGCGCUGCUGGCGCCGCUUUGGCGUGGCCCUGCCCCUCGGCAGCUACGGCAUCGUAGAGAACGCGGGYGACCGCUUCGCGGGCCAGAACAUCACCAUCUUCUACAAGAACCAGUUUGGGUUAUACCCGUAUCUGUCGCCCGAGGGCAUCGCCCAUAAUGGGGGCAUCCCCCAGCGGGUGCCUCUCCAGAGCCAUCUGGGCAGGGUAGCCGGCGAUAUCCUCCUGCGCCUGGGGCCUGCUUUCCAGGGUCUGGCUGUGCUAGACUGGGAGGAGUGGAGACCCCUCUGGGCCCGCAACUGGGGGGCCAAAAGGGUCUACCGGGCGGCCUCAGAGCAGUGGGUGCGGGAGCGGCACCCCGCGCUGCCAGCCCCGCGGCGGCGCCGCCUGGCACAGGAGGAGUUUGAGCAGGCGGCYCAGGCGCUCAUGGAGCAGACGCUUCUGCUGGGCAAGACCCUGCGCCCGGCGGGGCUCUGGGGUUUCUACCGCUUCCCCGACUGCUUCAAUGGCAACUGGGACAAGGAGGCCAACUACACGGGCGAGUGCCGGCCUGCCGAAGUGCUGCGCAACGACCAGCUCCGCUGGCUGUGGGCCGCCUCGGCCGCCCUCUACCCCAGCAUCUACCUGCCGCCGUCGCUGCCGCAGGGCCUGCGCCAGCGCUUCGUGCACCACCGGCUGCGCGAGGCGCUGCGCGUGGCCGCCUUCGGGCCUGCGGGGCUGCUGCCCGUCAUUGCCUACUCGCGCCUCUCMUACCGCCGCUCGCCCCGCUUCCUCGGGCCGGCUGAUCUGGUUCGCACGAUUGGGGAGAGUGCYGCGCUGGGGGCUGCCGGCCUCGUGCUCUGGGGAGACCUGUCCUACUCGCGCUCGGCUGAGAGCUGCGCCAGCCUGCGCCACUACCUCCUGGCCACCCUGGGGCCUUACGUGGCCAACGUGACGGCAGCCACCUGGGAGUGCAGCUACCGACGGUGCCACGGGCACGGACGCUGUGUGCGCCGACAGCCCCGCAACCCGGCCGCCUUCCUGCACCUCUCCAACCAGCUGGAUGAGGAGCUGUGGGCACCUUUCCGCUGCCACUGCUACCGUGGCUGGAGCGGCGAGGGCUGCAGCGAGCGGGCCGAGUCCGGCCCCAGCACCUCCUGUGUGGCGCCUGCCCAAGCCCACAGCUUCUAYGGGCACAACAGCCUCCCAUCGUCCCACUCCUGCCCCCCACGGGGCACUUGGGGCCGGUGACCACGGCUGGGGACCGCUGCGGUCCCCUCUGCCAGCGCACGCAGCCCCAUGCCCUGGUGCUGCCGGGUGGUGGGUGCUUCUUGCCUCCUUGUUAAUUUAAAUAAAUGUGGUGUGGCACAGUCGGCGUCGUCGCUGUGGGCAAGGCUGGGCACAGCUGCCACACUGUGGGGCGCGGGGUGACCCACCGUGGCUUAGGGCUGGCCCACCUGAGCUUCCCC